CUAUUUCUUCUCCUGCUGCUAUAGCGGGAUCAAACGUUUAGAAAUGCAGCUUCUUACGUCAUUCAGCAUACUACGCAUUUUAUCCAUGCUCCCACGUUUUCAUAACGCUGACUCAGCAGAAUACCGGGCUGUUGUGUAUCCCGAGAUUUUCGAUGGCCGAGAUGAACGCACAAGAGUUCUUAAGAUCAACGACGAGAUCACUCUGAACCUGGAGCCAAGUUCAAUCCUUCACGAGAACUUUUUCCUGCGUACAUAUCGUCAGGGAGUAGCAGUGCACAAAUACUUCAACGUUGACGAACUACAAAAGGAUAUGUAUCACGAUGCGGGACGCCUAGCGGUGGUGACAAUUUCGGAAGAAGGAGGGAGACUGCAAGUGGAAGGUGUCCUUGGUCCAAAGCUGAAGAUCAGGCCCAUGGAUGUCAUGGAACGAUCGGUUGAUGGUCGUCAAGCUCAUCUUGUAGAAAAUAUUGACGAUACGGACUCUGACAACGUGUAUGGGAUACCUAAUCCAAAGAAAGUUGACGAGCGCGCUGAGAAUCCCAAGACCGGUUUUGAUCCAAACGCCUUCAGUGUAAAGAUGAUUCAUCCCGAAAUAUUUGUUGUUUGUGAUUCGGUCUUUCACAAAGGAUUUAACACCACUGCGAAGAUGAUCAAAUACGUGAUGAUAGUUUAUCAAGUUGUUAACCUGCGGUACCGCACAGUUAAGACCGUCAAAGUAAGGCUCUUGUUGCGUGGCAUCGAAGUAAGUGAGCUAAGGCAGGAACAAACAUAUUAUCAUUACCUUGGAGGUAACGAUAUUGAUGGCUUUGCGUCCAUCACCAAUAUUGUGAAAUUCUUCAAGGAAAAGGAAGAGUUUUACGGGAAAUACGACUUGGUGUACUUUUUAACAGGGAUGAACAUGGUGGCGAUACAAGGAACGACUAGACUAGACAGCCUUUCAGGAUUCGCAUUCGCUGCUUCCGCAUGCUCGGAUAGCCGGCAGCAGCUCGGCGAAGAUACACCGUACACAUAUCGAGGAAUACGCAUUACGGCGCACGAAGUUGCCCACACGUUGGGAUGCACGCACGAUGGCACGAGGGCACCAGGGCAUAGCAAAACGUUUACGCCUGACGCUUUAAGAUGUCCUUGGGAUAUUGGUAACCUAAUGAGCUAUGAAGAAAAAGGCAGCAACAGCAUGAGAUUUUCUUCUUGCUGCGACUACGAUAUAGCUCAAAUGGCAUGGACAUAUGAAGGUGUUUGCUUGAGAACAAACGACACAGCAGUAAUUGCUGAGAGGUGGAAGGCGCGUUAUAGGCUGCCCGGGGAGUUUCUGAGCAGAGACAAGCAGUGCAAGCUAACUUACCCAGAGCUUGCAGGUACAUAUUAUAUGAGGGAUCUGGGUAACGAAGGCUGCAUGAUACACUGUUUUGUUCAUGGAUAUCAGUUCCAAGCAGCUGAUCACCAAUGGGAAGCGUGGCUCAUAGAUGGCAGUCCAUGCACAAGCGAUAGAAAAAUGAUAUGUAUAAAUGGAGAAUGCGUCCCAGAUGAGAGACCCGCAACACGUAGAACCAAAAAAGCAAAACGCACUACCAAGUCAGUGCCGAAUGAGGAUGGUUCCGAAGAUGCGAACAUUUCUACGAAAGAAGACAUAACUACUGAGAUAUAGUUGAACAGCAGUCUUGAGCAAUGAAUAAAAAAGCACGUGUA